GUGGGAAAGGAGAGCUGAGCUAGUUGUGGCCGGGACACCGACAUAUGUGCCAUCUGUUUCAGGAGACUACAUGGGAUGGUAUUACAGCAUCACUCGUUUGUUUGUGUCUCCUUCGUUCAGACUCCCUACUCAUCAUUAUCAGCCUAGUUCCUUAGCUUUGCAUCUUACGACACGAGCUUUGCAGCGCAUACAUCAGCGGGCUACUGCCACAGUGACUGAUAGUCCUGAUGUGGACUUGUAUGGACAGGCUCUCACAGGCAUUGCGUCCUUGUGUUCAGAUGUGUUGGGGCGAGUCGACUACGGCCAUCUUAUACACAUGCCCCCAUCUCAAGAGAUGUCAUCCACGUCUAGUGCAGCGGCGGCUUCAUCAUCCCAG